AUUACGUCAGGCUAAAAUGUUACGUCACCUUUCUGCGACUAUCACUGUCGGGAGUCGGUGCAAAUAUGGCGCCUUCCCCAACUAAGAGGAAGGAAGAUGACAAGGGCAAACAGAGAGGUAAGGAGAAGUCCGGAUCCACGAAAGAAGGAGCUGACAAAGGCCGGGGCCGAGAGAAGAACCGCACGCGACGCAGUGCUUCCAGUCGGAGCAGCAGGUCCAGUUCCAGCUCCAGCAGCAGCUCAGGCUCCAGUUCGGGCUCCUCCAGUGGCUCCAGCUCCUCUGCCUCCAGCCACUCAGGCUCGUCCAGCUCCCGCUCCUCUUCCUCCUCCUCUUCAUCCUCUUCACCGAGCCCCAGCCGCCAGCGCCACAACAACAGACGACGUUCACGGUCCAAGUCAAAAUCAGCAAAGAAGGAUGACAGAGACCGGCGACGUAGAAGCCCCACACCAAAACCCACAAAGGUCUACCUGGGCCGGCUAACCAGAAAUGUUAUAAAGGAACAUAUUCAGGAGAUCUUCUCCACCUAUGGCAAGAUCAAGAUGAUCGACAUGCCCAUGAACCGCGUCCAUCCUCAUUUGUCCAAAGGCUACGCCUAUGUGGAGUUUGAGACCCCAGAGGAGGCGGAGAAGGCCCUGAAACACAUGGACGGAGGUCAAAUCGAUGGUCAGGAGAUCACGGUCACAGCUGUGCUGACACCCACAGUGCGCCCUCCCCCCCGCAGGCUGUCCCCUCCCCGCAGGAUGCCUCCUCCACCACCCAUGUGGAGACGCACUCCACCUCGAAUGAGGAGAAGGUCUCGGUCUCCACGGCGACGCUCUCCAGUGCGUCGCAGGUCUCGGUCACCUGGCCGGCGCCGUCACCGGUCACGCUCUAGUUCCAACUCCUCCCGCUAGUGAUUAAAAAAAAAAAGGAAAAAAACCCUUCCCCUCUGAUGCUCCUAUGCUGUGUCCUUCUGAUUAAUCAAAUGUGAAAGAAAUACUCAUUUUCCUGGUUGACUGUCAGCACUUGAGUGAUGACAACACAGACACAAAAAUCAUGACUGUAUCCCUCACUCAGUUACCUUAGUUUUUUAUGCCAACAUUCUAGCAUGCUGCUAUUGAAUUAUAAGAUAAUAAGCAUUUAUCACCCCCUAUUCCUAAAAACUAACAAUAAUAGUUUUCUGGUGUAAAGUGAAGAAAUGGAGUUAUUAUUUGUCAUAUAAAUACCUGUCAGAAUGGAUUUAAAUAUGAAUUGCCUCAGCAGCCACGUGAAAAAGCACAUAGACAGUAACAAAUUCCCAGACAAUCUGCAAAGAAAAUGCAAAUUAAUACAUGUUUAGGAGUUGGUUGCAUAAAAACAGGUGAAGGAUUGUUGUUAGCGAGGACUGAAUCAUCUAGUGAGAUCACAUGAUUCAGUUCAGUGUCUGUGUUGUCAUCGCUGAAGUCGAUACAUGACUUUAACAGUCUUUAAAUAAUCCACCAGUACAAUACAACACACAGCGUGUUGAAAUCCAUCCGGCAGGGUCCAGAUGUUCACUUUCAGUGCUCUCCAGUGUACUCAAUUAUUCUUACCUAAUCACAUAUUUUAUAUGGUGCUACUGGUCAUAACUUAGAUUUAAAUAAGUAUCAGUCCUUUUUGUAUCCCUCUUUUCAUUUGUGAGUGAUGCAUACAGAGCCAGUCAAUGACAUCUCCAGAGGCAGCUAUACAAAUGAGUCGCAAGAGGUCAGAUACCAGUUAGCAUGCUAACAGAAAGACUUUCAGAGUUAUGCUUCCGUAAAAGUCUGAAAGUGUCGGUCCUUAUAACAUUGUCAGUGAAUUGACGUCAGAGGGUUAAUGAAUAUUGGAUGCAUCAUUGUGUUUUUCUCUUUAUUGUAUGUGUCAAGCUGGGAUCUGAUUCAGACAUUUGUGGCUUGAGAUAAAUCCAUCCCCUUAAAUUCAUAUUUUGUAUAGCUGGCUGUGUUAAGUUCAACCAGUGGCUCGACAAUAAAGUACAUUGUUUCAAUUGUAAAAA